GGCUUCCGGUGGCGGCUGGCAGCGGUUCUGAGCUAGCGCGGGUCGCACUCUCCUGCUGCUGCGCAGUCGUGAAAGCUGAUCCUCAGGUCCCUCGCACCCCCGUGUCCUAGAAUGGCUGCUGGGACUGCGUCUUGGUGCCGGCUCGGUCCGUCGCUGCCUUCUGAGCCGAACUGCAGGGCUCUUCCCGGCGGCAGCCGAACUUGCGUUUCCUGUGGUUGCACCCAGCUGUAAAUAGCAGAGGUGUAUUAAAGCAGUUUCCGUCCCCGCACUCUGUGAUGACGACCUUUAAUGCAGCACAGCCCCAAAUCAAGCGUAUUCCAGGGAUUCAGACUCAGGCGAACCUUCUUGUCCUCUUUAAUACCAGACGCUGGCGGUAAUUUGCUCAGCUGCAUGACUUCAUUUAAAUUGAGCAGGUGUUUUUUUAAAAAAAUAUUUGUGGAUACAGUCUUGUGCAUUAGCAUUCCUAGAUCAGGAACCAUGUUUCCUGAUACAUGUAUGCACCGCUAAUAUAAAGACCUCUAUGCAUUUUUGCUGAACGGCUUUUGUGGCUUUCAAGAUGACUUUCUUUCAGGUCACAUGUUCUUAUAAAUCGCUGGCUGCUAAUUACAUGAAAGCAAUACCUAGUUAGCUCAGGAGUAAUGAGCCUUUACAUGCAGUGUCCAAGCUAGUAGUCAGCCAUCAAAUGUAGCUGGCCGUAUGUUUUUAUUCAUCCAAAGUGAUAUAAAACUGCUAAAGUAUUUUCCCUCCCUGAGCCUAAAACCAAGUGUGUCACCCUGGAGAUAAGCAUUGGGAUAGUGUAUGGGCCAAGUGCUUGCUUGCUCUUAGAGCGCCUUAGUCAUUGCUUAAGAGGAGUCACACCAUGGACCCUGAAGUCUCUGAAGAAGGUGGUGACGACAAGAGCACCUCUGUCUGUGUUGGCCGAGAGGAUGACAUUAGAAAGUCGGAAAGAAUGACAGCUGUUGUCCAUGACAGAGAAGUGGUCAUUUUCUACCACAAAGGGGAAUACCAUGCUAUGGACAUUCGCUGUUACCAUUCUGGAGGACCCUUGCACUUGGGAGAAAUUGAGGAUUUCAAUGGACAAUCAUGUAUAGUUUGCCCCUGGCAUAAAUACAAAAUCACUUUGGCAACAGGAGAAGGAUUAUACCAGUCUAUAAACCCUAAAGACCCAUCAGCAAGACCUGAGUGGUGCUCCAAGGGAAUAAAGCAAAGGAUACACACUGUGACGGUGGACAAUGGCAACAUUUAUGUGACACUUUCUAAGGAGCCUUUUAAAUGUGACUCUGAUUAUUAUGCCACUGGAGAAUUCAAAGUGAUUCGGAGUUCUUCCUGAUUAAAAAAUACGAAUGGCAGCAAAAUUAUGUGUAUGUUUGAAAACAUUUUACAGUUAUUUUGUUCCAGUACCAAAGAUAAUUUUUUUCCAACAUAGGUACAUGUAACUUUAAAAACCACUGGUUUUUCCAGGGCCUGCAGAUGAGCCAGUGGCUCAGAGCUCUUGCUCUUCUUCCUCACCCUCACACCUCACAGUUGCUUCUGACUCCAGCUCCAGGGAAUCUUCUGGCCUGUAUGGGCACCAGCACACAUCUCAUAAAUAAACAUAAAAGCAAGUAUUUUUUAAAGUCCUGGAUUUGGUGGUUUUGAAAGCACGUUUACUUUAGUAUGACUCUGGGCCACUGAAGGUCGACAGAAUAUAUCCCAUCCCUCUCUGGACUGAUUGGAAUCUGUCCUUUAGAGGCUCAGAUGAUCCAGUUAGGAAGGUUACAAGGUCAGUAACAGAUAAAACAGAAGGUGUAACAGGAAAAGUUGAAGUGGGAGAAGAUUUCUUUAAAUCUGCAGGUUUAUUUGGGAACAGUCACAGAAUGGCCUCCAUCCCUCUCUCCUAUGGUUCCCAGCAUUCUUCUGUUCUUGUGUUGCUUUGUCCUCCUGUUUUAAAUUAUGGUUUUUACAGUUUUAAAAGUAAAAUUAGGUAUUCUGAGACACUCAAAUUUUAAUUGUAUACUUUUGCUUACAAAUGUUUAGCAGACAUUUAUUUAUAUGUCAAAUUGCCUCUAAUGAGGCCAACAUAUGUGUUGAACUUAAAAAUGAGAAACUUAAAACUAGGCAUACUGGUACACACGUCUGAUUCCAGCAUUCUGAGGCAGAGGCAGGUGGAUCUCUGUGGUUUUGAGGCCAGUCUGGUGUACACGGUGAGCUCCAGGCAGCCAGAGCUCCAUAGUGAGACCCUGCAGGAGAGGGAGGAGGGUGCUAGAUGUCAAAACCAAAUAAAACUUGCUUUGACUUGUCUCUUAACAGGGCUAAUUUCUGAACCCUGUCUCGAAAAACCAAAAAAAAAAAAAAAAAUACAGAAAAAAUACAAAAUAUAAAAAACCACCCAUGUUAGCAAAGUCUCUUAGGAACCAAAGUAUUUUGUUUGCAUGAAACUUUCAAAUAGAAGUUUAAAAGAAUUUUGGAGAACAGUUUGUGCGUACGUGCAUGUGUGUGUGUGCGCACGCGCACCCGGCAUGUGCGUGUGUGUGUGUGUGUGUGUGUACGUGCGUGUGUGUGUGCGUGCAUGUGUGUGUGUGUGUACAGAUUCCCAUAAAUGUGUAGUAUUUGUUCCUCAGAGUUUACAAGCAGACUGAUGUUCUCUUGGUUUACCCUGACCUUACUACACCAGUAAUUUGUGGCCACUGCUGCUCUACCUGCCUAGGACCCAUAUCGUGCUUGUUAUUGGGCAUAUAGAGCAGCACCCUGGUGUCUGUCAUGCAGAACUUAGCACUCACUCAGUAAAAUGUAGGUGUAAAUGGGGCCAAAAAGGGUGUGUAGGUUAUGAAUUCGUGGUGAGACUGUUAAAAAUAAAACUAAGGGGGCCUGGAGAGAUGGCUCAGA